CUGAUGCUGACAACAACCCCUGGCCGAAUUUGUAAUGCAUUAGGUGGAAGUUCACUGACAGUUCUUGAAUGCCACUUAAUUUCAUACAUUUUGGACCAAUUCACAUUUGUAGCCUAGCCGGAGAUGGGGACUGCUGAGGAGGACAUGGAUAAGCCAGCUGUGGAGCACAUCUACUGCUGCGGAGCCGUCACCGAGGUGCUGAAGUUCGGAGCCGGAGACCUGCGGCGUGGUGGUCCCAGGCUGCUCUUCCUGGUCAUUCCAGCCCCCCGAUGAGCUGGACAUGGUGGAGGAGCCGUCGGUGACCGAGGCCAGCGACGUGUUUGGUCUGAAUGGGCAGAUUGAGCACAAGCUGUGGUUCCUGAGGGAGCACGUGUCCCGAGACACACGGCUGGUGCUGAUUGGACACUCCAUCGGCUGCUACAUCAUCCUGGACAUGAUGAAGAGGGACCCCGGCCUGCAGGUGCUGAAGUCGGUGCUGCUGUUCCCCACCAUAGAGCGCAUGGCGGCGACCCCCCAGGGCAAGGUCAUGACCCCGGUGCUGUGCCACCUGCGCUACGUGGCGUACGUGCCCAUCUUCCUGCUGUCGCUGCUGCCCGAGAGCCUGAAGGCCUGCGCCGUGCGCUGGGUACUGGGGGGCCUGCGUGCCCUCGACCACGCCACCAUACCCGCUACAGUUAGCCUCAUCAGUGUGGACUGUGCAGCUAACGCCAUGUACAUGGGCAGCCAGGAGAUGAGGAUGGUGCUGGGGAGAGAGAACGCAACGAUCCGGCAAAACCUCAACAAGCUUAUAUUCUACUACGGAGCGACUGACCACUGGUGCCCGGUGCAGUAUUACCACGAUUUAAAAAGAGACUUUCCCACCGGAGACAUCCGCCUGUGUGAGAACGGACUUCGUCACGCCUUUGUUCUGGAUGCGGGAAAGAAAAUGGCCGACAUGGUCACUGAUUGGCUCCAGACUGACCUCAAGGACCUAUAGCGUUGCUAUGCCGAUUAUACAGUAGGAUAUUCUACAUUCUACAUUCUACAUUGAUUCAACAGUGCUCUUUUGUGGUAACACUGAAUAUUACAAAUCUCUUGUUACAUUGUAAUUGUACCAUUGAAUACAGUGUAAUUUUGAUACUCUGGACUUGAGGUACAUACCCUGACUCUAACUGUAACCAUAGUUUGGUGUUAGUAGCUGGAAGCCUACUCUUAGUUCGAUGCUAUUAUAAAAGUACAGUGUGCUGCUGGAUACAUUACACCAUUACAUUGUGACAGUGGCUGUGUAAUAUGAAGCCGUGAAAUCAAUUCUUUUUUUUUUUUUUUUACUAUUAACAUGAACGUUUACCAUGCACAUGUAGCCUUUCAGUCCCAGUGGAGAUGGUGCUCCAUUCUGUUUCCACGGAAAUGACUUGUGUGAGAAUGUGCUUUUUGUUUUUGAACAACUUGACACAACAACAGCCUGGUCCAGUACAGCACAGCACAGCACAGCACAGCACAGCACAGCCCAGCACAGCACAUCCAGGCUGAGUUUGAGCUGGUCCUUAUGUGUGGAGAUGGCGCUGGUGGUGGACACAUGCAGCAGGCUCACAGAGCUCUGUCUCCCACACUACCGCAAGCAGCACACGCUGGUCCCUUUAAGGGCUUAAACUUUCCAACCAUCAGGCAACACAGCACACACUGUUGGGUUAACAGCUUAAGUUCAUGGCUAAGAAUUAAAGCCUUUGUGAAUCAUAAAUUAUGAGCAUCAAAGUUCUAAGAGUCAUUAAUUUGAACUCCUCUGACAGGUUUAAAUGUAGGCAAAUGGCCAUUUACGUAGUCAUUUGGCUGUUUUUUUCUCCCUCUCCCUUUUUUUUUAACUUUGUUUUUUCCAAUACUUGCAUUUGUCCAGAAAAGCCCAUGAAAAGCCAUGGAAAUGUGAUAAUCAUAUGAAAGGCACACUGUGCGGUUUUGAACACAGCUUGACACAAGUCAUUUCCUCAGGGUUAAAAUGGUGGUCACCGUUUACAACCUGUGGCCUUCAUGUGAACCCCUACCCUCAAGUCUGUUGGUUAAAAAUACAUCUCCAGCCUUUUUAUGGUCAAAUAAAAAGAGAAAGGGGCUCAUAUUAAGCUAGCCGUGUGUGUGUCUUGGAAGUGAUGAUAGAUUUUCUGUGACACUGUAGCUGCCAAAUUUACUUAAACCCCUAACAUUUUUGAGGAGCAAAAGUAUGAAUUAUGAGCACUUGUAUGUACAGUAUAUGUUGUACCUGAUUAAAACUGUACAAAAUAUUUAAGAUGUCAUAUAUAUGUGGUUAUUAAACAUUUU